AUGUCAGAAGCCUUUAUUCCAGUAGAUCAGCUUUCAGUGGACCAGUUCAGCUGUCCAGUCUGUCUGGAUCUCCUGAAGGAUCCAGUAGCUACUCCCUGUGGACACAGUUUCUGUAAGGUGUGUAUUAAUGGCUGCUGGGAUCAGGAAGAUGGUGGUGGGAUUUUCAGCUGCCCCCAGUGUAGGAAGACUUUCAGCCCAAGACCUGAUCUGUGUAGAAACACCAUGCUGGCUGAAGUGGUGGAGAAACUGAAGAAGACUAAACUCCAAACUGCUUCUUCUGCUCACCGUUACACCAAACCUGGAGAUGUGGAGUGUGAUUUAUGUUCUGGGACAAAACACAAAGCCGUCAAGUCGUGUCUGAUGUGUCUGGCCUCCUUCUGUGAAACUCAUCUGAAGCCUCACUAUGAAGUUCCUGCUUGGAAAAAACACACAUUAGUGGAAGCCUGUGGAGACCUACAGGAGAAGAUCUGCUCUCAGCAUGAUAAACCAAUUGAGAGCUACUGUCGUACUGACCGAAGCUUCAUCUGUAGUUUGUGUUUAAAGGAUCAGCAUAAAGGACACAAUACAGUUCCAGUUCAAACAGAAAGAAGUGAAAAACAGAAUAAACUAAAGGAUGAGCAGAGGAAAUCACAGCAGAGAAUCCAGGAGAAGCAGAAGAAGCUGCAGGAGCUCCAAAACACCGUCAGCAUCAUUAAGGGUCGUGCAGAGGCAGCAGUGGAGAACAAUGAAAAGAUCUUUACUGAGCUGAUCAGCUUCAUGGAGAAGAAGUGUUCGGAGAUGAAGAAGCUUAUCCGAGAUCAGGAGGAGGCUGAACUGAGUCUAGCUGAACAACUUAUUCAGCAACUGGAGCAGGAAAUAACUGAACUUAUGAGGAGAGUCGAUGAGCUGGAGGAGCUUUCUCAAUCACAUGAUCACAUCCAUUUCCUCCAGAAUAAACUAAAGGAUGAGCAGAGGAAAUCACAGCAGAGAAUCCAGGAGAAGCAGAAGAAGCUGCAGGAGCUCCAAAACACCGUCAGCAUCAUUAAGGGUCGUGCUGAGGUAGCAGUGCAGAACAAUGAGAAGAUCUUUACUAAACUGAUCAGCUUCAUGGAGAACAAGUGUUCGGAGGUGACAAAGCUGAUCCGAGAUCAGGAAGAGGCUGAACUGAGUCUAGCUGAACAACUUAUUCAGCAACUGGAGCAGGAAAUAACUGAACUUAUGAGGAGAGUCGAUGAGCUGGAGGAGCUUUCUCAAUCACAUGAUCACAUCCAUUUCCUCCAGAGUUUUCCCUCUCUGUGUGUCUCUUCUGGAUGUGAGGACUCAUCCAGCAUCACCGUCAAUCAACAUCUCUCAUUUGAUGGAGUGAACAAAUCUCUCUCAGAUCUGAAGAAGCGAAUCAUGGAAUUCUGUGACAAAAAAAUCCAAUCACAUGCUGCAGCAGAACCAAAGAGCAGAGAAGAUCAUCUGCAAUAUUUCUGUGAGCUCAGUCUGGAUCCCAAUACCUCACAUGGGAAACUAAUUUUGUCUGAAAAGAAAAAAUUGGUGAGAGUCGGAGAUAAAGAUCAGCGAUACCCUGAUCAUCCGGAGAGAUUCAGCUCCCUGUUACAGGUCCUGUCUCAGGAGAAAGUGAGUGGACGCUGUUACUGGGAGGUGGAGUGGAGCGGUGGUGAGGUGUUCAUAUCAGUCUCGUAUAAAGAGAUCGACAGGAAAGGACGGGACAGUGAGUGUUGGUUUGGGUACAACGAGCAGUCCUGGAGUCUGGAGUGUUCUUCUUCUUCUCUCUGUUUCUGGCACAACAACGUAGGAACUGAGCUUGAAGGUCCACCAGCCUCCAGAAUAGGAGUGUAUGUGGAUCACAGUGCAGGAACUCUGUCCUUCUACAGCAUCUCUGAUACAAUGAGGCUCCUCCAUAGAGUCCAGACCACCUUCACUCAGCCCCUCUACGCCGGGUUUCGGGUUGGUUCAGGAUCAACGGUCGGGUUCUGUGAUGCGAAAUGAAAUGUUUACAUGGUAACUACCGUGUUUAAUCUGAUUUAAAAAUAACAUCACUACUGAUCUGUUAAGAUUAGUCAUUUGACUUAAUCUGAUUGUCAAAAGGGUUAAAUAAUGUAAAUGACUGACAAAAAAAUCUGUUUCUACAGAAACUCAGUGAACUUUUACUAUUAGAUUUAUUAUAUCAGCACAAAGAUCCUGCCUAAAGAAAAACAGUCCAAUAAAUCUGAAUUUACCUUCAAUAAA